AUGCAAACAACAAGCUGGUGUCAAUGCAAGAAAUCUCUCACCUUUCUCCUUCUUCCCUACAAACCCAACACUUUUCCAUUCUCAACUACUCCUUCAUUUCACCCUUCACAACACACGAUUGCCACCAUAGUUCACACUCUCUGCGACUCCAACCGUUUCUCCGAAGCCCACCAACGCUUCUCCCUCUUCCUCUCCUCCGGUUCCAUUCCCGAUCACCGAACAUGUAAUCUCCUCCUUGCUCGGUUACUCCAUUCCAAAACCCCAUUCCAAACAUGGACUCUUGUUAAAUCCUUGAUCAAUUUUAAACCUGGUUUUGUUCCCUCUUUGGUUAACUACAACCGUUUGAUGGACCAGUUUUGUUUAAUUCAUCGACCUUUUGAUGCUCACAGAUUGUUUUUCGACAUGAAGAAUCGUGGGCAUUGUCCUAAUGUUGUUUCUUACACCACUUUGAUUAAUGGGUAUUGUUCAGUUGGUGGAAUAAGGGAUGCAUUGAAGGUGUUUGAUGAAAUGCUUGACAGUGGUUUAGAGCCUAACUCGAUGACUUACAGUAUUUUGAUUAGUGGGUUUCUUCGGGAAAGGGAGUUGGAAGGUGGGAGAGAAUUGAUGUGCAAGCUGUGGGAGAGGAUGGAUUUGGAAGUUGAAUUGGGCGUGAAGGUUGCUGCUUUUGCAAAUUUGAUUGAUUCUUUAUGUAAAGAAGGGUUUUUCAAUGAAGUUUUUGAGAUUGCAGAAGAGAUGCCGUGUGGUAGUAGUUUGUCUGAGAAGGUUGUUUAUGGACAGAUGAUUGAUUCGUUCUGCAAAGUUGGAAGGUAUCAUGGAGCAUCUAGGAUUGUUUAUUUCAUGAGGAAGAGAGGGUUUGUUCCCAGUGGUGUGUCAUAUAAUUACAUCAUACACGGUCUUAGCAAGGGUGGUGAUUGUAUGAGGGGUUAUCAGUUGUUAGAGGAAGGAGCUGAAUUUGGAUUCUCGCUGUGUGAGCAUACUUAUAAGGUAUUGGUGGAAGCUCUUUGUCAUGCAUUGGAUGUGGAUAAAGCAAGGGAAGUUCUUAAACUCAUGUUGUGUAAGGAAGGUGUUGACAAAACUAGGAUUUACAACAUUUACCUGAGAGCUCUUUGUCUUGUAAACAAUCCAACAGAGCUUUUAAAUGUGCUUGUGUUUAUGCUUGAGAGCCAGUGUCAGACUGACGUGAUUACCCUCAACACAGUUAUCAAUGGGUUUUGCAAGAUGGGGAGGGUCGAUGAAGCCUUAAAAGUAUUGGAUGACAUGUUGAUGGGUAAAUUUUGUGCACCUGAUGUUGUGACCUUCACUACAUUGAUUUCUGGUCUAUUGGAUGCUGAAAAAGUCGAUGAAGCUCUUGAUCUGUUCAAAAGAGUGAUGCCUGGAAAUGGUUUGAAGCCUGGCGUUGUAACAUAUAAUGUUCUUAUCAGAGGGCUAUACAAACUUCAAAGAUCGAAUGAUGCGUUCGGGGUUUAUAAUAACAUGGCAAGUGAUGGCAUUAGUCCCGAUAGAACUACUUAUACACUUAUAGUCGAAGGUCUAUGUGAAUGUGAUCGAAUAGAAGAGGCAAAGAGUUUUUGGCAGAGUGUUAUAUGGCCUUCAGGGAUCCAUGAUAAUUUUGUUUAUGCAGCCAUUUUGAAAGGGCUAUGUGGUUCUGGCAUGUUUAUGGAGGCUUGCCAUUUCUUGUAUGAAUUGGUAGAUUCCGGGGUGUCUCCAAAUAUAUAUAGCUACAAUAUUGUGAUCAACUAUGCUUGCAAUCUAGGUUUCAAAAGAGAAGCUUAUCAAAUUGUAAGAGAGAUGAAUAAGAAUGGAGUGACCCCUGAUUGUGUGACAUGGAGGAUUCUUCACAAGUUACAAAGCAAAGCGAGGAAGCACACUCCUUCUGAAGAUCAGACCUUGUCAACAAUUUACGAGGGUGAUGACAUGGAUAAUACAGGAAGUCAGGAUAGGAGGAAAUGA